CGUCACACAGAGAGUUCAUGAUGGCGGUUGAUUUGACUCCUCGGUUUCGACGGUUGAACAGCCAAACAAGAAGUUUUCGUGAAAAUAUACAGCACGGUUUCUCAGGGCCUUUUGGUGCCACCCAGCUGUGGUACAACAUCAUCCAAGCCCUGCAGACUCAGGUGGAGGUGCGUCGCUGCAGGAGACACCUACGUGUUCAUGCUGAAUGUUUCACAGGCUCAGACGCUGUGGACACAGUUCUCAGUUAUUUAAUGCAGAAUGUGGUGUUUUGCACAAGUGAAGUGUCUCGCCUCAAAGCUGCUCGACUCUGCCAGGCUCUGAUGGAGGCGAAGGUGUUUGAGCCAGUGGGCACAAAGCUGUUUCGCAGAGACAAGGAAGUGGCCUUUGAGGACAGCAGCUGCAGCCUUUACCGUUUUCUGGAAUAUAAAGUCAGGUUGAAUUCAGCCAUGAGCGAGGGCAGUGGUGACACAGAAAACAUACCACCAGAGGAACGAGAGAUAAAGAGGAAGAAGAGCUCAAGGCUGAAUGAACUGAGGACCAUCUCCAAUCCUCUUGCUGUUGGACCAUCAGACAAGAGGGUUGAGAGGCUGCUGAGAACCAUCAACCUGCAACCAUCUUUGUCUCCAGCUCGAUACAAAACCCUCAGGACUUCCGGUUUUCUGUCCAAAGCUGUGGUGGAGGAGGUUUGGAAGCAGCAGACCCUCUUGCAGCUGCUGCAGAUAGUGGAGUUGCCCAUGUUGGACUGCAUACUGACCUCUCCUGAAAGGGUUCAGUCUGGGGCCUGCAGACCUCCUCUGGUGAACCAGGACCUGGUUAUCUCGAACACAUGCCUGGAAAGAGAGCUGCCAGACACCCUCAACCUACCCCAAUUGGAUGGGUGGCUGUCAGCAGCAGCAGACUGCUUGGAGCUCUUUCCUGACCAGCUGAUCGUGGUUGCAGGGGAACAGCUCAGCCAGCAAGACGGUAAACCCUCUUUAGAAGACAGCGAUGCAGAGCAGAUUGCAAGCCAGAAGAGACUGCUCUUUGAUACGAUUGCAAAAUACUACAGUGGACAGGAAAGAACCCCACUUCUUUCAGGACGCUACCUAGAUAUACAUACGGCAAUUCUGGAUUUACUGGAUGAAGGGAAGGUGCAAGAUGCCAUCAGAGCCUCUCAGUUGUGUUUGAGGCUGCUGGAGACGAGUGUGAGGGAUGAACUGCGCAGACUGCUGGCUUUCAUGGCCACAGCAGCUCACUCCGAUGCUUGUCGUCUGCAGAAACAGGCUGAUAACAGGGCAUUGAUCUGCCGCACUUUUCAAAGAGCACUCGUUCAAAAUCAUGAACUGACUCGAUUGCAGAGUGAAACUCUGACACUCUUUCUCAUGGACAAUCACACUGAGCUUUUUAAGACUCCUACAACCCUUAUUGAAGCUGUGAGGAGAACACUGAGAACGAUGCAGCAGGGCAAAGACCCUGACUCCAUUGCCACGUUCACCUUCUGCCAGCAGGUGACUCCACAGGAAUAUGAGGACCAGCGAGAGGCUACCACCCUGGACAGCCUCAAACAGCUUCUUCACAACAUUUCCUCAAGCAAGAGCAUGCCAAUCAAGGAGAAGAGGAGGCUGCUGAAAGAGUUUGAGAAACAUCACCCUGUGGUCUUCCUCCAGCAUUUCUCCAGCACUUUCUGAAACAUACAACUAACUGGUGCUGGUUUGACUUCAUAGGUUUACUUUCACAAAGUCAGUGGGUACUUGCAGGAUAAAAAUGAGAAAGCUUCAAUGAGUAGUAUGAGUCUAAUUAAAUAUCCUGUUCUGAUAGUUGGACUUCUAAUGCCUAGUAUGCAGACAAAAAAAAUAUAAAAACAGGUUAUGACACUAAAUCAAUAUAAAACACGUUAUGACACAAGGUUUUAUUCAGAAGUCUGUGCCUAAGUCUGGAUUUUAGAAAAAGUUACUACUGUUUUGCAGCCAUGGAUGCAUUUUUUUUUAACUAAUACACAUUGCAAUUUUAAGAAGUAUUUGGAGCCUUUUUAUUAAAGGCAUUAAGUCAGCUGUAGAUUUAUAAAGUUUUGCACUAGUUUCAAAACUAAUUGUGCUUUCUAUGUCUCUGAUCCCGGGUCACUUAAAAUAGUUUUUAUUCUACAUUGUUGACAGCUUUUAUGUUGCAUAGAUCAGUAAUGUUUAAAUAGGGACUUUUAUUAUUCCAACAUUACAAUCAGGUAAUCAUAACAUAUAUAAAAAGGUUGUAAAAAGGGUUACUUGGAUAAAAUACUCAGAAUUUUACGAAUUUACCCUUUCGCUAGCUGUGCUCAUGUAGCAUUUGAUGAACAGUGUACUAAUUGAUGUACUUCUUCUAUGAUGAAGUACAGUAUUUGGAUAAAGCUAAUGUGUUAUACUGAAAAGCUUUUUAAUGAAGUUGAUUUGGGCUUUAAAAAUGGUGUUGUGCUUUUCAGAAGUAAUCCAGUGCACUUUAAUUUGGCAUUAAUAUUUAUAGGUGCUUCGAGAGCAUGUUGUGUUUGUGGGAAAGCACUGGUAAAUGUAACACUAACGCUGGAAUAAGGUUAAUACACUAUGCAUGAAAGGGUUUUUUUAAUGAAGAUUUUUAUAUGAAAUGAAGGCAGAGAGGGCACAAUAAGGUGUUAGGCUAACCAUAGCUCAGGUAAAUACUGUAGGCUUUAAUUUAAUGGGUUUUGAAUGCAGUCAGUGCCAGCAACUCAAUCAUUUUUAACUGUAACUUUUUAGGGUUUUACUUGAAAUGUAGACAUGAGUUGAAAAGGUGUAAGUUAGGUGUGCUAUGACGUGAUAUUAUUUUAGAAUACUAAUUUAAUCAUAAGUGUGAUGCCUCAGUUGAAUGUUUUAUUUUAAAAUGUUACUUUUUGAAGCAAUGGUCAUGCAGAAGUAAUUUACGGUCAAAUCUCAUUUUAGCCAGCAUCCUUUUUUUUCUUUGAAAACACUGAAAUCACGUUAGAACGCACUUUAUGAUGCUGAGAUGUGCUUUACUUAAUAAUGCAUCUAAUAAAAAUUGUUCCCUGAAACAAGU